UGCCAGGUACCUCACCUACAAAUUACUAAUGCAACUCAGCUGUCUGCUCGUCAUUGUUGGUGGUAUUCUAUUUGCUGCGACGCAGCUGUAUGUGGAAGCCAUGAUGGCUGCACGUUACCUCAAUGGCUUGGCGAAUGGACUCGCGCUGCCCUCAACGCUAUCCAUGGCGGGCGAGGUGGUGGUGUUUUACAAGCGCGGAACUUAUGUCUCCGCCACGGAGCAAAUGUGCUGCACUCUGGGCAUAUUCAUGCAGAUUGUUUUCAGCGUCAGCUGGAGCCCAGACAAUGAUCUGACCGCGGACCAGCUACAGGGUGUGCUCUGCACCAUUUAUGGUGCUAUUGCUCUGUGCCUGGCCACCGUAUUUAUUGUGGAGUCUCCAGUGCAGCUGCUGCGCCAGGGCGAUGGCGAGCUGGCUAUCGAUGCAUUGAUCCGUCUGCAAUAUCCCAAAGCUGUCACGGCAGAAACCAACGAUCAGCUAACUGAGCACAGUUCCUACGUGGCUCACAACAACGCGCUGAGCACUGCCCAGGCUUGGUGCCAAGCAUUGCCUGCUCUACUACGUCUCUGCCUGCUUCGCGCUCUUUACGCCAUGAGCACCAGCAUGUUGAUCGUGUUCACGCUUACACUGGCCAGCACCAGGAUCUACGGGCUCAGCAGCGGUCCCUAUAUGCUCUUUGGGCUUCUGCGCUUGGCGGGCAGCUGCAGUGGCGCCUUUGUGCAGGACACGCUUGGCCGGAAGCUAACUCAGCUGAUUGGCUUCAUGGUAUGUGGCGCUGCGUCUAUUGCACUGGCGACCAGGUUUUCGACUGAGGACUUUGUAAGACUACCGGACUUGAAGAAGGCUCUGUGGAUACUUCUAAUAUUCCAAUACUUUGCCGGCCUUGGGUAUGCGCCCAGCUCGGUCUUUCUAUCGGAAGCUUUUCCCUUGUCUGUGAAGCGCAUGUGCAUCGCCAUUGCAUACAUCUUGGAGUUAACUAUACAGUUAGCCGUCUGUUAUGUGGAGCUCAAUGUGCACACUAGUGGUAUAUACUUCUACGGCCUUGGAGUGUUCACGCUGCUCGGCUUUCUAUUCGGCCACUGGUAUCUGCCAGAGACAAAGUACUUAACGCUGCGUCAGGCACAACAAAAGUUUCGAGACUUCUCGUGAAGAGCCCACAGAAGUGGGCGCACCAAGACUUUCUACUAUC